GCUAGCGGGUCACGUGGCUUCCGUACAGUGGUGUUACGCAGUUACGCCGCGUCUCCUGUCGGGAAAGUACGAAGUGUCAUGGCCGGAGCGGGACGGUUGUUUUGCUCGUUGUGGAGCAGAUGCUCAGUCCCGGAGCUGCGUGUUCCCUGUGCCGCUUACCACAAAAAGGUUGUAGAUCACUAUGAGAAUCCCAGGAACGUUGGAUCACUUGACAAGAACGCCAAGAAUGUUGGAACUGGUCUGGUGGGCGCUCCAGCAUGUGGAGAUGUUAUGAAAUUGCAGAUUGAAGUUGAUGGAAAUGGGAAAAUUGUUCAAGCAAAGUUCAAAACAUUUGGAUGUGGUUCAGCAAUUGCCUCAAGCUCUCUGGCUACCGAAUGGGUAAAAGGAAAAACGGUUGAUGAAGCCAUGACCAUCAAGAACACAGAUAUUGCUAAAGAGCUUUGCCUUCCUCCAGUGAAACUUCAUUGUUCCAUGCUGGCAGAAGAUGCAAUUAGGGCUGCCUUAGCGGAUUACAGACUGAAGCAGGAUAAGGAGCAGACGGUGGCGAGCGGCUAGCACCUCACCUUUUCAGCAGAGCGCCUUGUCACCUUCAUAUGCCGUUCUCUUAGGAAAUAGGGCUUGCCUUUACCAUCAGAACAGCAGAAUAA